CCUAAUCUCUCUGUAUAAGACCAAGAACUUUUACCCCUGCACAGCAUAUCAUGUCUGGAUGUACUGGGCAAGGAAUGCGAGAGAGCCUGAAGAUGCAGCUGGCUGUUAUCACGCUCAUUGUGGCCUUGCUAGCGUCUGUCACUGAGGCAAGAGGAAAGAAGGACACACAGGUUGGGGGAAGACAUCGUCAGGAAGUCAAACAGAUGAAGAAUUGGCAAAGACGAAAUGCCAACAAAUCUGCGGCUCAUCUUAUAGGUAUUGGUCAAACAAAGGGCAGCACCUUGAAGUGGGAAUCCAAAGAUUAUCUGGCAUUUACACAACACAAGGUGGAAUAUGAUGAUACCAAACUUGUGGUUCAUCGAGCUGGUCUCUACUACGUCUACUGCCAGGUGGGCUUCCAUGGCAAAGAAUCAAUCAACGACCUUACUAACAAGGUCUAUCUUUUUCAUGAUUCCUACCCUGAAGCUACAGUCCUGCUAGCUGGCACAGAGAGUGUGGUUGCUCCCUCCCAAGGGUCAAAAAAGUGGUAUUCCAGUCUUGGACAAGGGGGGCUGGCAAGGCUUGAGGAGGGACACCUUCUAUAUGUUAAUGUUAGUCACCCGGGACUUGUGGAUUAUCGGAAUGGGAAGACGUUUUUUGGACUUCUCAUGGUGUCUUAAUAUGAUAUAAAAGAAGAAGGAAAGGAAGAUAUGUUAAUACUCCCUCUUAUGCAUCUCCAACAUUUAUUGAAGUGCUUUUCAACAAAGAAACUAGAAUAGAACCAAACAGUCUAAUACACGAGAGUGCAAAGUAAUCUCUAUAAUAAAUGAACUGAUGCCAUGAUUAAUAUUUAUGGUACAGAUUUAUGACUAAGGAAAUUGUGUAUAAUGUCCAUUUUGUGGACUAAAAUGUUUCAAAAAUGUAAGCAAAACCAUUUCUUGGCAAACUGAAUAAUUAGAUAACAUUUAUAUAAUAGUAGACAUGUAAUGAUCUGGACCUCAGGUAUGCAAUUUUGUUAACCCUCAUUGGCAGAUAGUGGGUAAGCAUGGAUAAGGGGCUACAAACUAAUGGGUAUAUAUAACUGACAUAAAGGUCAGACAAUUAUCACCAAAAUAAUAUAGUGUACUAUAAACAGCAAAGACUCACACCAUAGAGACUAGUUUAAUAGUCCAGAUAGUAUACCAUAGAGGUUACUGUGAGAAUGCAGAUGAUGUACAAUAGUCAAUAGGAAUUAGAAAACAAAGUAUACCAUAGAGACUACCCAUAGUGUAUAGAUCACAAACAACAGCAAUUACACUGAAAAUGCAGACAAUCUACAAUAUAAAGUAGAAAAGACAGAUGGUAUUUACCAUAGAGACUAGACUGAGAUGACUAAACCUUGUUGUAUGUAACAAUUAUAGUUUAUUUUACAUAAAUAUUUAUAUUAAUAUAUUAUUUCUGAAUAAAACAUAUGGAAAUGUGAAAAUGA